AUGCAGCAAACGCAUCAAAGCGCGGCCUCACGCGCGUCUCGGAGGCAAUAGAUGUUCAAGUGAAAUUGAUCUUGUUUUUAUAAAGGUCUCGGCGUGUAGUAUUACACUGCACAAAUGGCUUCCACUUGUCUUCAACCUUUGUACUAUCCUACAAUAAUACACUCAAAAUCUCCAUUGCUUAGUCUAUCGAAGAAGCAAAUUUUCACUGCUAGGAGCCUAAAUCAAUGUACAAGAAGAAAUUGCUCAUUCAUGGCAAGGAACAAUGAAAGAAAACUGCCAUUACUGCCUAUUGGUAGGCUCAGACUGAAGGUUUCGGCAUCUUCAGGAGAAGAAGCUGAGUCGGCUUAUCUAGAGGAAUUCAGUUGGUCUUCUGUCAUUUUGCCAUUUCUCUUUCCCGCCCUAGGCGGUUUAUUAUUUGGCUAUGAUAUAGGUGCAACCUCAGGUGCUACCAUCUCAUUGCAGUCAGCUGAGCUUAGUGGAACGACUUGGUACAACUUCUCUGCUGUUCAGCUUGGUCUUGUGGUCAGUGGUUCCCUUUAUGGAGCUCUUAUUGGCUCCAUACUUGCCUACCCAUUCGCUGAUUUCUUAGGGAGGAGGAGGGAACUGAUCAUAGCAGCCCUUUUAUAUGCGGUUGGUGGUUCACUAACUGCCUAUGCUCCAGGACUAGGGGCACUUUUGUUGGGCCGGCUUGUUUAUGGGCUUGGAAUUGGUUUGGCAAUGCAUGGAGCACCUCUAUAUAUAGCAGAGACUUGUCCGUCCCAAAUCAGAGGAACAUUAAUCUCUUUAAAGGAGCUGGCAAUAGUACUGGGUAUUUUGCUGGGUUAUUUUGUAGGUAGCUAUGAAAUUAAUGUCGUAGGAGGGUGGCGUUACAUGUUUGGAUUAAGUGCUCCAAUUGCUUUACUUAUGGGGUUGGGCAUGUGGAGUCUCCCUCCCUCUCCCAGAUGGUUACUUCUGAGGGCAAUUCAAAGUAAAGGGCCACUGCAGGAAUACAAAGAGAAGGCUAUUGGUGCAUUGAGCAAACUAAGAGGCCGCCCUGCUGGUGACAAAGUAUCUGAAAAGCAAAUAGAAGAUACAAUUAUCUCAUUGAAAACUGCCUACUCAGAUGAAGAAGCUGAAGGAAAUUUUCUGGAGGUAUUUCAGGGGCCAAGCUUGAAAGCAUUUAUAAUUGGCGGAGGUUUGGUCCUUUUUCAACAGAUAACUGGGCAGCCAAGCGUUCUAUAUUAUGCUGGUUCAAUUCUUCAGAGUGCUGGUUUUUCUGCGGCUGCGGAUGCUGCUCGAGUUUCAGUCGUUAUUGGUGUAUUUAAGUCACUAAUGACGGCAGUCGCUGUCCUAAAAGCUGAUGACCUUGGGAGAAGGCCAUUGUUAAUUGGAGGAGUCAGUGGAAUUGCCCUAUCGCUGUUUCUUCUUUCAGCUUAUUAUAAAUUUCUUGGGAGUUUUCCUUUUGUUGCUGUUGCUGCUCUGCUUCUCUAUGUGGGAUGCUACCAGAUAUCUUUUGGGCCUAUUAGCUGGCUUAUGGUAUCAGAAAUAUUCCCACUCCGCACCAGAGGGAAGGGUAUAAGUCUAGCUGUUCUCACGAAUUUUGGUUCUAAUGCAAUCGUAACCUUUGCUUUCUCACCUCUGAAGGAGUUUCUUGGGGCAGAAAAUCUUUUCCUUCUGUUUGGAGCAAUUGCUUUGUUGUCACUUCUGUUUGUGAUCACCUCGGUUCCAGAGACUAAAGGCUUGAGCUUGGAAGAAAUUGAGUCCAAAAUCUUGAAAUGAAAACAUAGUUUUGUAUCCUGGAGCAUACAAAUAGAAUAUUACCUGUUCGUUAAUAUUGUAUCAAUUCUAUCAGAAUACAUACUUUAUGGCUGUUCUAUAAAUGAUAAACUGGGAUGAUUUCUAUGGUGGUGGUAUUGGCUUGGCUGGCUAGAUCAGCCAGAGAAACUUUUAGAGUUCUUGGCAUUGAACUCAUAAUACUAUUAAAUUGUAGGUUCAAUUUAAUUUGUUGAAAUUUUAAUGGGUUUUCACAGAUA